AUGAAACCUUAUCUAUUUGACUUAAAGCUGAAAGACACUGAGAAGUUGGACUGGAAAAAAGGCCUCUCUUCAUAUCUUAAAAAAACAUACGGCUCUUCACAGUGGAGAACAUUUUAUGAUGAGAAAACAACUUCAGAUCUUGAUCAUUUGAGGAACAAUGCAAAUGGAGAGCUUGCACCCUCUUCAUUGUCAGAACAAAACCUAAAGUAUUACUCAUUUUUGGAGCAUCUUUACCUUCGCCUGGGUAGCAAAGGAUCAAGAUUGAAAAUGGACUUCACUUGGUAUGAUGCAGAAUAUUCUUCUGCGCAAAAAGGGUUGAAGUACACACAACAUACUUUGGCAUUUGAAAAGUCUUGUACUUUGUUCAAUAUUGCCGUAAUCUAUACUCAAAUAGCUGGGGAGAAUAUCAAUGAUAACUAUAAAAACUCAAUCACGAAUUUGACAAAAGCUUUUUCCUGUUUUGAAUUUCUGUCAGAAAACUUUUUGAACUCACCUUCUAUUGAUCUUCAAUCUGAGAACACUAGAUUUUUGGCCAAUAUUUGCCAUGCAGAAGCUCAAGAACUAUUUCUUUUAAAAAUACUGAACGAACAAGUAUCAUCCAAGCAAUAUACAUUGAUCAGUAAACUUUCUAGAACUACCUGUAACCUUUAUCAGAAAUGUCACGAUUUUAUGAAAGAUAAAGAUAGUGACUUGAUCGUUUAUGGUGAACCCAAAUGGAAAGCAACCAUAUCUUGUAAACUGUACUUUUAUAAAUCGCUGAGCGCUUAUUAUCAUGGUUUACACCUGGAAGAAGUAAACAGUAUUGGCGAAGCAAUUGCUUUUCUCGAUUUUUCUUUGCAACAAUUGAUUUCAUCCUUUCCAUUCAAAACGUGGUUGUUAGAAUUUAUAGACUUUGAUGGAUUUAAAGAAACCUUAGAGAAAAAACAGAAAGAAUUGAUCAAGGAUAACGAUUAUAUAUAUCAUGAAAAUAUACCAGCAGUUGUACAGAUCGAUUCUAUCAAAGCUCUCGAUGCCAUCAAACCUCCAACAUGGGAGAAAAUAUUAGAGCCGUACAUGGAUAUUGUUGCCAACAAAUGUGACACUAUGUACAAAGGCAUUAUUCCUCUAGAUGUCUAUGAAAAGGAAAGCAUUUACUCGGAAGAAAAAGCCACGUUAUUGAGAAAAGAGGUUGAAGAAACUGAGACAGCAAACUUGGAAUACUCAUCCUUCAUUGAAUUUACAAAUCUGCCAAGACUCUUAAGUGAUCUGGAAAAACAAUUUGGCAACGGAAAUAUUUCUUCAAAUACGGAUGCACAAGGACAAUUAAUGAGGGACCAAAUUCAGGCAUGGUGCAAGUUUAUACAAACAAAUGAAUUCAGGAAUAUAGAAGAACAAAUGAACAAAAUUGUAUCUAAAAGAAAACAGAUUUUGGAUAUCCUUUCUGCCUUACCUGAUGAUCAAAAGGAAAACGUCACGAAACUGAAAUCUUCUCUAGUGGCAGCUUCGAACUCAGAUGAAAAAUUAUUUGCAUGCGUUAAACCUCAUAUUACAGAGAUAAAGCUAGUAUGUGACAAUGGAGAAAUAUGGAAAAAGUUUGACGAAUUCAAUCGCAAUUUACUUCCACAGCCUAGCUUACUGGAUAUUGAUGACACUAAAAAUGAUAAAAUUUUAGACUUGUUGAAACAGGUGAGGGGAUAUGCGGACGAUUUGGGAACAUUGAAGGAGGAACGUUCGAGAAAUUUGUCGGAAUUGAGGGACAAAAUCAAUAGUGAUGAUAUCACAAAAUUAAUAAUCAUCAAUAAGGGAAAAUCGGAUGUUGAACUCAAAGAAUUAUUUGAGACAGAAUUAGAAAAGUUUGAGCCCCUAAGUACAAGAAUAGAAGCGACAAUCUAUAAACAAUCUUCUAUGAUUAAUGAAAUCAAAGCUAAACUAGAUGAAAUUUUUCAUCUUUCAAACUUCAAGGACAAAUCUUCUGGGGAAGACCAACUUUCAAAGGAUCGUAAGAUUUUCUUUGAUAGAUUACAGGAAGCUGUCAAAGCAUUUAGCAUUUUUUCAUCUGAUUUGCCAAAAGGAAUAGGAUUUUAUAAUUCACUUCUGGAUAUGAGUAGAGACUUGGCUGAAAGAGUGAGGGUAGCAAAGCAAAGUGACGUCUCCUCAACAAAUUCUCCUCCACCUCCCCUCCCUCCACUUGACCUGAAAGAAUCUGCUAGUGGAAUUUCCCCAUUACUGCCCCAAAAGAGUGCAGUAUUUCAGCCCUUAUCUCGACAAGGUCUCGAUUUAGAGAGUCGUUUUCAAAAUCUUAGAGUAAGUUCCCAAGGGCCCAGUGUCCCACCAAGAACCUAUGAAGCUUCAUCAUAUUCUGCGGUUCCUAUUAUGCCAGGUCCUCCUAUUCCACCAAAACAUUCGCAAGAGGAGCUCUACGAUUUGAGGAGACGGAAAGCGGUUGAAAAUGAAGAACGUGAAUUGCAAGAGAACCCAACAUCUUUUUAUAACAGGCCCUCUGUUUUUGAUGAAAAUAUGUAUUCCAAAUACAGUAGUUAA